AUGGGCCUGAAGGACCAUCUGGAGGAUGAAACAGGCCACAUCCUCAACCUGGGGCUGGAUUUGGACUACCUCCACGUGGAAGGCACCGACCGCCAGGCCAGCUUGAGUGCCACAGUUGGCACCCACUCAGGAGCCUUGGAGGGGGACGAGACGGAGGUAGGAGGCACCCAUAGCAGUGUCAGUAGUAACAGCAUCAGCAGUAGUAGUAGUUGUAGUAACUCCUCUGAAGAGAGUGCUGCGUCGGACAGCGAGGAUGAGCGAGGGGUCCAACAUGGCUCUGGUUCUGACGCUCAGACCACCCACCCACACCCCUGUCACCCAGCUGGGCAGGGCCCGGCACAGAGCCCCCAUUCUAGAGACCCAAAACACUCCACCAACCCCUUCACAGAGUUUCGCCCCAAGAUGGAGUUUGCCCUGAAGCUGGGCUACUCUGAGGAGCUGGUUCUGCUGGUUGUGCGGAAGCUAGGGCCCGACGCCCUCAUCAAUGACAUACUGGGAGAACUGGUCAAACUGGGCACCAAGUCAGAAAUGAAUCAGGCUGGGGGGUCAGCCACCUCCCACUCACCCUCCUCCUCCUCCUUAUCCUCCUCCUCUCUGGACUCCUGCAGGCUGGACUGCUCCUCCCAGCUGCUGUUGGAUGACAAGGAGAACAUCAGGCCUGUGGUGGUGGAUGGGAGUAAUGUAGCCAUGAGCCAUGGGAAUAAGGAAGUGUUCUCCUGUCACGGCAUCCAGCUGGCUGUUGAUUGGUUCCUUGAGCGCGGUCACCGUGACAUCACUGUGUUUGUGCCCGCCUGGAGAAAGGAACAGUCCAGACCGGACACCCUUAUCACAGACCAGGAGAUAUUGCGGCAUCUGGAGAAAGACAAGAUCCUUGUGUUCACUCCCUCUCGUCGGGUCCAGGGCCGCCGGGUGGUCUGCUAUGACGACCGCUUCAUCGUCAAGCUGGCCUACGAGUCCGAUGGUAUAAUCGUCUCUAACGACAACUACCGGGACCUGGCCAAUGAGAAGCCAGAGUGGAAGAAGUUCAUUGACGAGCGGUUGCUCAUGUAUACGUUCGUCAAUGACAAGUUCAUGCCUCCUGAUGAUCCUCUGGGUCGCCAUGGUCCCAGUCUGGAGAACUUCCUGAGGAAGAGACCAGUUAUCCCAGAACACAGGAAGCAGCAAUGUCCCUAUGGGAAGAAGUGCACUUACGGCCACAAGUGUAAGUUCUUCCACCCUGAGAGAGGCAGUCAGCCCCAAUGCGCUGUGGCCGACGAGCUGCGUGCCAAGAACUCCUCUUCAUCCUCUACGUCUUCCUCCAAAAUGGUGGGCGAGGCUCUGAUGGUGAAGACUCACAGCAUGUCCAGCAGCUCCAGGGUAGACGGGAUGCCAGACCCCCACCAAGCUCCCCCAAAGAGACAGUCGGACCCCAGCCUUUGCGUCCCCUCCUACAACGACCUCCUGGAAGAGCGUCUGGGCAGGAGGACUAAAGCAGAGGCCCGCAGAGGGAGUAGCAGCAGCAGUAGCAGCAGCAGCAGCCUCCUGGCUUCUGCUCCUGGGGGACCUCCUUCCAGCCACGGCUUCUCUCUUCGGGACUGGGGGAACACCUCCUCCAGAGCUCCAGGGCUGUCGGGGCUUGGUCACUCAAAGUCAUACUCCACCUGUGAAUCCCCGGAGCUAAACUACCACUCCCUGAUGGGGGCUUACUCCAGCCUAAGCCUGGUAGUGCCGCGGAGCCCCGAUCGGCUGUUCCCAGCUGACCUACGGACGGGCUCAAUGGUGUCUGACUGCAGCAGCGAGGGCAGCGUGAGCUCAGACUCCUUCUCCCCUGAUCCCCUGCUGGAUGACAGCCUCAAGUGCCACUAUCCCCACCCCCAUCACCACCACCAUCACUGCCCUAGCUGCUACCCACAACACCCCAACCACCCACCCCCUGGUUUGACCCAGCACCCCCAUGGAGGCUCCCACCAUGGCUACCCUCUAGCUCAGAGCAGCCUGGAGGAUCCUCCCUCCUCCCUCCACCACUUCAAGGCCCAGCUCUCCUACCUUCCUCCCCAUAUUCAGCAACCGUCUGUGGGGAGCCACUCUGGCUGUUCUGGGAACUACCCUCCCCAACCUCUAUCCCAGAUCUCAAGCCCCCUCUCCCACUCUCACAACUCUCCUCUGGGGCAUAACCUGGGGGGCUCCACCUGGCAGGACAACAACAGCCUCUACAAGCAAUCCCCUGUCCACCCAAGGAGGAUCUACCCUGGGCCAGGACAGGAGCAGCGACUGGCCAGAUGGGACCCCCACUACAAGCAUCCCCCCCAGGCCUGCUACGAGCCUUUCACUUUCCAGUCCCUGCCUCAGGGCCGCAAACAACCCUGGCACUCGCCCUGGCCCAGGGGGACACACUCUCCCCAUCCUCAAUCCCUUUCCUCCUCCCAUCUUCAACCUCUUACCCACCACUCUACGGCCCCCCAGCACCAGGAGCCCCCUGCACUGGGCAGAUACCAGAACGUCAGGGAGAAUGUGUUUGUCAACCUGUGUAACAUCUUCCCCCCAGAGCUGGUGAGGGUGGUGAUGGUGAGGAACCCCCAUGUGAUGGAUGCCCAGCAGCUGGCUGCAGCCAUCCUGGCUGAGAAGUCCCAGGCUGGCUACUGAAUACUGACACUACUGUAGCAGAGGAAAUAAGUGGCGUGCUCAACUCUAUAGUCUCCCCAAAACAUCUACAAUGGCAGGGGAAGAUGCUUUAUCUUUUUCCAUCAAAUAUUAUUUUUUCAACCUUAUUGGUUUUUUUUUCACUGCCCUGCUCAUUCAUUACUGUUGUGUGGUAUGAGAACAUCUUCAGCACUAAGGUCAGGAUUCCGGAGAUUCUGAAUGGGAUGUGUUGCUUUAAUUAAUUUAUUUUGUAAUAUAUUUUAAAUUAUUUCUAUAGCUUUUCAUAUUUUUUAAGGGCACUUUUCAUAGAUUUAUUUAUGAUUUUUAUUUUAUUUGUGGAAAUCAUAUCAUAGUGUAAGGAGGGCUCAAGUGUUUCAGGGUGCUUCAGAGUUAGGGAAAGUCCUGAGGUGUCAAAACAGGGUGAAUUCUGGGAUUCCAAAUCUAGGGUAUGGUUUGUCGUCAUAAAAUUACACUUCCAAACAUUUAAAUUUAAAGACAAAGCAAAUACAUAAGUCCAAGCUACACUGAUUUAAUUUUAUCCCUGUCAUUUCUCAUCAGAGAAUUGUUAAAACAGGUGGUGAAUUUGAUAUCAUUGUUGAAAGAUUUAAUGAAUGUUCCCCUUUAGAGAAGUGAAACGCAGGAACUCCAACUGUUAAAGGCCCGAUAAAGUUUAUGUGAAAACCCCAGAUUAUUGUUUACUCUUACAUACAGGAGCUAGUUCCUCUCUGGGGAGAGACCAAAAACUUACGUCACAGCAUGGAACAUUGCGAUAUUGAUUUUCUUUUCCUUUUUUUAAUCAUUUUUCUUUGUCCUCCAAAAAACAUUCUGGCCAUUGAAAUCAUAUCAAGAUGGUUCUUGAGGAUAUUCAAACUAGUGCAGGUGCACUGUUCGUUUUAACAGUUUUUAAAAAUAUAUAUUUUCUUUUACGUAUGAAUGUGUUAAUUUAUUUGUCCCUUUGUCAUUUUCAUUAUGAGUAAGAGUAUUUUAGUUAAAGAGGGUAUCAUUACAAGAGAAGACGUCUGGUGUAACCAUCCAGACAGACAGACAACUGUAACUUCAGUCUGUGGAGAGGGUAUUUCUAAACUCUACCUCCUGGCUUAGAAUCCAUUGCAAGUUGUCACUAUCACUGAGUGAAUAUAAUAAAUAGUUAGGCAAUGACACCUCUCACACAGCAGUCCAAAACACUGGACUUGUGUUGCCAAGGUAACCUGACCACCACAUACUUUAGUGAACAAGAGAAUGCCUCUCCUCGUUGAUACAAAUUGUAUCCUAUUAACUUAAACCAGAUCAUUGUUUUAUAGGAGAAUAUUUAUACAAAAGGUAUUUUGAGUAUAUGUGGCGUAAUUGGUCACAUUUGUUACUGUUCUAAAAUAUACUGAAGAAAAAUAUAAACGCAACAUGUAAAGUAUUGAUCCCAUGUUUCAUACAAGAUCCCAGAUAUUUUCCAUACGCACAAGAAGCAUAUUUCUCUCAAAUGCUUACAUCCCUGUUAAUGAGCAUUUAUUUUUUGCCAGGAUAAUCCAGAUGUGGCCUAUCAAGAAGCUGAUUAAACAGCAUUAUCAUUACACAAGAGCAACUUUUGUUCAGUAUAUAUUUUGGGAUUUGUGAAAGAAAAGGGCAUCAAAUGCAAUUUCUUCAAACUACUGUUACUGUGAUUGAUGAUCAGCAUACAGAGAGGACAGAAAAAGGUAUGUGAUAUCCGGGUUCCUUGGGACAUCCCCACUCCAUUGAAGUUGACAUUUGAAAUAGUUAAGGUUUGGGUUAGGUAAUGGUUAGGAUGGAGGUGAAGGUUUAAGGUAGGGAUGUCCCAAGGAUUCCGGAUAGCACUGAUCGACAGGAAAAGGUGGGUUGUUGUUUUAUUAUUGUUGAACUGAAAUUGUGUUCUCAGUCAUGUGAGUGGGACUGUGGGGGUCAGCUUUAUGGUGAAGCCAUUAUUUGUUCACCAUCAGCCUCUAUUGACAGUCAUGAUCUUUCUCUUAAUAUAUUUCUGUACAGUGGUUCUCAGCUCUCUCUUCAAACUAAGGCUAUCCCUUCAGAGGAUCAGUGGAACACCGCUGACUUGACAAAGACAGCACUUAAGUCUCUGGAACCAGUUUCUCAACAUGACAACAGCCAAAAGUGAUUUUUUUUAGCUGAGCAACGUGUAGCACCUUCUCGGGCACUAUGUGCCAGUGUGCUUGUGUGUGUGGCAGAGUAUUAAAUGCCUCUACAUGGCAUUGUGCUUCUUUUAACCACAUCUGAUGAUAGUCUGAACCAUGUUCAGUUAAAAAAUGUAAUAUUUUUUCCAUGUUCAGAAUUUUUAAAGAGAUGUUUUUGGAAUUCUGGGUGAUGUUUUUACUUUUUUAUCAGCAUUAAGAUAUUUGAGGGGAAUUGUUUGGGUGGUUUCCCUCAGUGUCACUGGAUAUGGCCUGUGCUGUACUCUACUGUUAAUCUCUGCUAUAAUGAAACACCCUUUGAUGAGGUGACUUGUUCGGUUCGGUUUGUUCGGUUUGCAGACAGUGUAUGUAUACUGUAUGUCAGUGGAGGCUGCUGAGGGAAGGACAGCUCCUAAUGAUGGAUGGAUUGAGUAAAUGGAAUGGCAUCAAACAUGGAAAUCAUGUAUUUGAUACCAUUCCACUUAAUCUGCUCCAGCCGUUACCACGAGGCGUCCUCCCUAAUUUAGGUGCCACCAACCUCCUGUGGUACAGUGCCUUGCGAAGGUAUUCGGCCCCCUUGAACUUUGUGACCUUUUGCCACAUUUCAGGCUUCAAACAUAAAGAUAUAAAACUGUAUUUUUUUG